CAUUUAUCAGUAACACUCCCGGAAGGAGUGAGUUGUUUGAGAAACAGUUACCGGGCUCGCGUUACAUCGAGUCGCACCUCUGUAAGAUGUAGUUUGAAUUUUUUUCUGGGACUGCAUUAUACAAUGGAAUAUGAUAUUUUAGAUACGCUGGAACAACUCGGAUACGAUGGACCUUUAACAGACGAGCAUGUGCUCGCAGAAGCCUGCGAUUGCGGCUUGUCCUCCCCCGCUUUUGCCGGUCUCAUUGUGUGGAUGACCGUGCGACUCGCGCAGCUGCUGGGUCUGGAAGAAAGUGUGUGCAUCGAUGAAAAUGAUGCCGAUGGUCUUCAGUCUCAUAUAAGUAGGCUGUUGAAGGAAAUGCUCUGCCCAUAUCCAGCGCUCUUAGAGAAAGAGGCGCUACAAAAGAAAGAGAAUUGUCUUAAUCUUAUUUUGUAUUUAAGUUCAGAACUGCAAGCUGCACAGAUUGUGGAAAGCAAACAAAGCCAUGUGGGUGAUAUGUGUACAACUAUGCAAAAUCUCAAGUCUAUCUGCCAAACAUUGAAGCUCUCUGAACCAAAUGGGCAAUCAACAAUCGACAUCAUCUCCCACAUUGAAGCAAAGAUAAAAGAAAUUUGUGAAGACCUUCCAAAGCAGCACCUUGGCAAGCCUGUCUUGAAGUUGUCCUUCAACAGUGAACAAUGGGGAAGGUUGGAGCAGAUUAACUCUGCUCUUUCUGCUGAGUAUGAGCAUCGGCGCAGGAUGCUGAUUAAGCGCUUGGAUGUCACUGUGCAGUCUUUCAGCUGGUCAGAAAGAGCAAAGAAUUGUUUAGACAGAAUGGCAAAAGUUUACCAGCCCUUGAGAUAUUCCUUGCUGUUCAAGCCAUCGAUUAGUCUUGGUCACCUGCUAGCUGCAAGAGAAGACAUUUGCCAUGUGAUGAAGACAAGCAGUGGGCAGACUCGGGAGAAGACUGCAUGUGCCAUAAAUAAGAUCCUGAUGGGCAGCGUUCCUGACAGAGGUGGACGGCCGUCAGAAAUCGAUGCUCCGCCACCUGAAAUGCCACCUUGGCAGAAGAGGCAAGACUUUGGAGGAAGAGGUGGCUGGGAUUCUAGGGAGAGAGGAAGAGUAAGAACACAUAGGAACUUUCAUGGAGGAAGAGGAGGCAGCUAUGGUGGAAGGGCGAGACAUUAUUUCUAUUAAGGCAUAUUAUUGUGCACUGUACAUUUAAGUGAAACUAAAUACUUGUAGGCUUCAUGGGAACACUGAGGUAGUUCUAAGAUGAAUCCAGUGCUUGAAUACUAAGGAUGUGGUUCUUGUAGUAAAACAUACUUAUGCUACACUUACAAUUAACUUUGCUUUUUGCAUUUUUUUAAAGUUAUUUGCAUUCUCAAAAAUUUUAAAUGCUGUAAAAUAAAACUGAAAAUCAGCUAUAAAUGCUAUAUUCCAGGUACAGCUUGCUUUUGAUCUUUUCUCGUCUUCUCCCAUUUACUUUGACACAAGUUGACAUAGAACUUUUAUUUAGUCAUGCAGAGAAUGCAAAAAAAAUCUUUAAACAUUAUUUUUGCCCUUGAUUGCCCAAGAUGGAUUUGCUGAUGUAAAAGAUGUUUCUGGUUAACCACAGAGGAUCUGUUGUGAGAACCAUGUAUAAAUAAGACAAUGGUGGAUUGGAUCCUUUGCCAAAAAUCACCUUCUGUGUAAACUGGUUUUUAUUUAGAUUAUUUCAUUGUUUUUCCUUUGCCUUCUUGCUAACAUAAUAUGCCAAAGCAUCAUCAGUUGGGUUUUACUGCCAUUUAAAGAAGGCAAUGGUAUGGUGCCCUGGGGGGGCAUGGACAUUUAUUUGUGUUUUAUGUGCGUAAUUUAGUUUCAUGUGAACAAAAUAAAAAUAAAAUACUGAAUCGAGCUCAGGAAAUCCCCAAAAUGUGCAUACAAUUUUUGGGCUUUCAAUUUGCUAUUUCAAGCUGUCUAAGUUGUUUGCACGUACUAUGGUACUGUAUUAUGCAUGGACUUCGCUUCCAUUAAGUCUGAGGGGGACGUGUCCCCCUCACAUUUCAUAAUUAUUCAUUUGGACCCCCCUACAUUUUACAUAAAAUAUUACUUCACCCAGCGCUGUUUUUCAGUGUGUCCCCCCCACAUUCAAAAUGCUUCUCACGCCCCUGGUAUUCACUCAAAUCUUUGUAAUAAGACAUAAUAUCUCUCACAUUUCAAUUAGUGAAUGUUCUAUAUCUGACAAGUAGCCAUACAGAAUUUCCAUGAUGGAAAUUAGGGAUUACAGUAAUUAAAGCUUAUGUACUGUAACAACAAAUACAUGUGUAUAUCACUGAGCCCAUAUCUUUCUAAUAAUGCACAAUAUGUCUUCCAUUCCAACUUAUUCUGCUAGAUCAUCUACGUGUCCACAUAAUUCAAUGGUAUUUCUAUGAAGGGUUAUGGUCAUAUAAUUCUUAAUACUGCACAUGGUAAUAACCAAUAUGUAUGCAUCUCUGAGCCUUUAUAGUAAUUUCUAAUAUCUCACAUUCCAUAUUUGUUCUUUUGUAUUUAUAAUCGAUUAAGAACAACGCUUUGUGGUCUUUUAGUUACCAUUUACAUAUUUAUGCAUCUUUUUUUUAAUUAUUAUUAUUUGGCCUUUAAUUCAGUAAUAAAUUAUUUACAUAUAGUAUUUGUGCACUUCAAAACAUGCAGAUGGCUUGACUGCAGUCUCAGACUUUCAGCUCCUGGCUUUGUGUGCACAAAACCACAAGUAAUGUGAGAGUGCAAAAUAGCAAAUGGUGAGGACAAAAAUAGUAAGUCAUGCACACAUUUUUGGGUUUUUGUGAGCUCAAUUCAGUAUUUCAUGGGCACGUUAAGCUAAAUUGUAUUCAUUUGUCCCUUCCAGAGCAUCGUACAAGUCGAGUUGUAUUUUUUCAAAUAAACUGCUCACUGUGUGAAAUACACUG